UAUGAGUUGGAUUACUAUAAAUAGUUAAAAUAAAGGUCCUGGAGGUAGAUGGGGACACAAUAGUGUUGCAUUAGAUGAUAAAUUAUAUAUUUUUGGAGGUUAUGGUAUAAACUUAGAAAUAUAAUUAAGAUGGCAAUUAUCUAAAUGAUUUUUAUUGUUAUGAUUUCGAUAAUAAUUUAUGGCAAACUAUAUUUUAAGAAGGUUAGGUACCAGAACCUCGAUCAAAUCAUAUUAUGUUUAUAAAUAACGGAACUAUAUAUAUUCAAGGUGGUGGUGGCAUAUCAAAAACUCGAUUUGGAGAUCUAUAUUCAUUUAAUAAUAAAACUUGGAUGAAAUAGAAAAUAAAUUUAAUACCUAGAACUUAUCAUACAGGUUGUGUAGGUGAUAAUAAAUUAUUUAUAUAUGGAGGAGAAUCUGGUAGAGAUUUAGAUGAUUUAGAAAUUGUUGAUUUAAAUAAUAUUACACAAUAUAUAGUGAAAGUUGAAUGUUAUGUAAAACCAGAAUCUAGACGUUUUGCAACUAUUUAAUAUUAUAAAAAUUAAUUGAUAUUAAUUGGAGGAUGCACUUAAUCUUAUAUUAAUACUCCUUCAAUUUAUAUUGCAAAUUUUAUAGAAAAAGAUAAUUAAAUAAAUAUAACUUGGUCUUUACUAUAGAUGUAAUUUUCUAAAUGGGGAUAAUCUUGUAUACAAUUUGAUGAUUUAUUUUAUAUAUUUGGAGGAAGAGAUGAUAAGGAUUCUGAUGAACUUUACUCUUUUGAUUUAUAAGAUCAUAAAAUUUAGAUGAUUAAUAAUGAAAAUAAAGUUAAAGCAAGAAGAAAGCAUAGUGCUUCUCUUAUUGGUAAUUCUUUAGUAAUUUAUGGUGGUUUCAAUGGAAAAUAUUAAAAUGAUUUAUGCUUCUAUGAAUUACCACUUAUAAAUUCUGUACCUCUCUCUGUUGAAUUACCAUCUAAACCAUAUUAAGAAAUAUCAUAAUAUAAAUUUGAAAACUAAUUUUAAUUAGAAAAUGGAGUUCAUUUUUAUAAAGAAUAAUAUGAUUGUUUAAUCUAGACAGAUGAAAAAUGUUAUGGUGUUAAUAAAUCAGUUCUUAUCAAUAUUUCAGGAUAUUUUAGAGAACUAUUUAAUGGAGAUUAUGCAGAAGGCUAAUUACUAUAAUUAGAUUUGUCAUUUGUAGAUCAUAUUGCUUUUGGUAUAGUUUUAAUUUUCUCAUAUGAAAAUAAUUUAAUACUUCCAAUUCUAAAUAAAGAAGAACUUUUUAGACUUUUAGAAUUAUGUGAUUAUUUAGACAUGAUUUAAUUAAAAGAGAAAACUUAAUAUUAUAUAGCUUAAACUGUAGAUAAAAAUACAAUUUAAGAAAUAUACAAACUUUCUGUUGAACAUUAAAAUAAUUAGUUAUAGCAUUUUUGUGCAUUUAAAGUUUCAAAAUUAAAAAUGCCAUUACAAGAAAUUGACAAUAUAUAAAGUUAAUAAGUAAAUAACAUGAAAAAAAUAAGAAAAUUGUCAAUAGUUAAUGAAUUAUGA